AUGUUGUAUUUCGCCCUGAGUUUAGGGGUUCUCCUUGGUCCUCUUGGCUGUUAUGCCAGCGCAGGCCCAUCGGCCUGUUCAAACAUCACAUCGCUGCUAGGAUCACCAAAGGUCAACAGCCACAAACUGAGCUUGAAGUACCACAAAAGCACUGAAUACUGGAGCACACCCCAAGAUGCGUACAAGCCAUCUUGUAUUGUCUAUCCUGAAUCGGCCCACGAUGUCUCGGUAGCUCUGCGAGCUAUUCGAGCAGCCGACAGUCGAUUCGCAGUCAAAGGUGGAGGGCACAACCCGAAUACCUUCUUUUCAAGCGUGGAUCAAGGUGUCUUGAUCGACCUCAGCAGCCUUUCUGAGAAAUCCUACGAUCCAGACACAAUGCUAGCCACUUACCAGCCAGGUGGUGUGUUUGGCGAUAUCUACGACUAUUUCAUCAAAUACAACCGCACUGUUGUUGGUGCCCGUCUGUCUGGUGUGGGAACCGGAUUGGCCUUGGGUGGCGGCAUGAGUUACUUGUCUCCCCAAUAUGGCAUGGCAUGCGAUUCAUUCCGAGAGCUGGAAAUUGUUCUCCCGGACGGUCAGAUCGUGACUGCAUCCAACACCACCAACCCCGAUCUCUUUUUCGCGUCUCGCGGCGGUGGUGGAAAUGCCUACGGCGUGGUGACGAAGUACACCGUUCAAAGUCGUCCUGCAGGCCAAUUCUUCGCUGGAAUCCGCAUCCACGCCUUUCCCCACAAAGACACCAUCAUCGAAGCCAUUGGGAACUUCAUCCGUUACAACACUGAUCCGAAGGCAAGCAUCAUCGGCACCUACGAGAAGCUUCCCACCCCAGACUUGAAUCUGAAUAUAGAUGAGGCAAUCAUCAUGUUCCUUGUCUACGACGGACCUGAUCCCGGGAACGCAUUUGCAAACUUCACCAGCGUCCCUCAUCUGAUCGACACAACCGGCAUCAAGACAUACCCCGAAGUAGCGGACAUGCCAGUCUCGUUUGCGACAGAGGCAUCGCGAGGAAACAACAUGUUCAGAGUCGGCGUUCACCGCGCCGAUAACGACGAGUACAAACACGCCCUUGAAGUAUGGCGCAAAUGGGCCGAGUCGAACAAGGGCAAAUACUCGCUUCUUUCGCUGGACUUUCAACCUGUUCCAAAAAGCUUGACAGAUGCCAGCAAGGCACAAGGUGGAAAUGCCAUGCAAAUGCCUGAUGGUCCGUGGUUUUGGCUGAAUUACUUACUCACCACGCCCCCUGGAAUGAGUAAGUCCGAUUACAAUGCCAUUCAGGCCAGCUUCCGUGACAUGGUGUCGUCGACGAGCAAUGCCGAGGGCCUUCCGCUUUUCAUCAACGAUGCAAACCGUGACCAACAUCCGCUCUCGACAUUUUCUACAUACGAGAAACUUCAAGAGAUCAAGAAGAGAUAUGAUCCUGACAACUUCUUUGCUAAUAAGACUGGCGGGUGGUCCUUCGACUAG